CCCGCCCACCCUUGUCUUGACAGCGUACAUAAAAAGGACAUGUACCGUUGCCGUUUACGACACUCAUCUACUUAGCUAGCUAGCUAGCGCAUACAGCCUUGGACUUCAUUGUCCACAUACAUCUUUGAGGUGCAUUGGUUUUAUUUAUUAUAAACUGCAGUAUAUAUGGAGUGAAUUAGUCAUUUCAAUGGCGUUCAAUGGCCACCUACGCGACGAUGAAAGUAUCGACGAAGACGAAACGCCCACGAAGCAGCCGCGGUCCAACAAGGAGAUGCCCGGUUGUUUCAUUAACGAGCCCAACAAUGAGGCAGCUGCGUCCGCAGGAAGAGCCACAUCCGACCGGCGUACCUCCAACUUGACGGCGAGGCAACGGAGCGACUCGUUGAAGAAAACAAGGCCGCCAUUUCCCUGGUUUGGGAUGGACAUUGGAGGCACCCUGGUGAAGCUGGUGUACUUUGAGCCCAAAGACAUCACAGCAGAGGAGGAGCAGGAAGAGGUGGAGAACCUAAAGAGCAUCCGGCGCUACCUAACCUCCAACACCGCCUAUGGUAAAACGGGCAUCAGGGAUGUACACCUGGAGCUGCAGGACCUGACUCUGUGCGGCAGGACAGGCAACCUGCACUUCAUCCGCUUCCCCACGCAUGACCUGCCGGCCUUCCUGCAGAUGGGCCGCAACAAGCACUUCUCCAGCCUUCACACCACCCUCUGCGCCACAGGAGGGGGGGCGUACAAGUUUGAGGCUGAUUUCCGCACGAUGGCAGACCUGCAGCUUCACAAGCUUGAUGAGCUGGACUGUUUGAUCCGGGGGGUGUUGUACAUCGACUCGGUGGUGUCCAGGGGACCCUCAGAGUGCUACUACUUUGAAAACCCCACUGACCCAGAUCGCUGCAUCCAGAGGCCAUAUACACUGGAGAACCCCUAUCCUCUGUUGCUGGUCAACAUAGGGUCUGGGGUCAGCAUCCUGGCCGUCUACUCUGAGAGUAACUACAAACGCGUUACAGGGACCAGCCUCGGUGGUGGGACCUUCCUGGGCCUGUGUUGCCUGCUGACUGGCUGCUCUACUUUCGAGGAAGCUCUAGAAAUGGCUUCUCAAGGGGAGAGCACCCGGGUGGACAAGCUGGUUCGGGACAUCUAUGGAGGAGACUAUGAGAGGUUUGGGCUGCCAGGCUGGGCUGUAGCCUCAAGUUUUGGCAACAUGAUGUCCAAAGACAAGAGGGAGUCGGUGUCCAAAGAGGACCUGGCCAGGGCAACCCUGGUCACCAUCACCAACAACAUCGGCUCCAUCACCAGGAUGUGUGCUCUCAAUGAGAACAUAGAGCGAGUGGUGUUUGUGGGUAACUUCCUGAGAGUGAACACUCUCUCUAUGAAGCUGUUGGCCUACGCCAUGGACUACUGGUCUAAAGGACAGCUCAAGGCGCUCUUCCUACAGCAUGAGGGUUACUUCGGAGCGGUUGGAGCCCUGUUAGAGCUCCUGCAUCCGUCCUAAUCUGUCUGAACUACAUUCAAAGAAGUUCUGGUCAAUCUGCUGCAAAGACCAUUAGCACUUUAGACUGUCCAUAAUUAAUUCCACAAAGGGAUGUUAUGCCACCCGCCAGCCAGUUACUGGUAAAUUUUGGUUGUGGCCGGCACAUUUGUUAAAUAUUUGGAGGUCCUGUUAUGUUCUCAGAAAUCGAGCUGGUUUGAGAAAUGGUGAAAGUAGCUUCUAAAUUGUGAUUCACAUCUGCUGUUGUGGGCAGCGGAUUAGACGCCUGUUUCCUUCCCUGACCUCAGUGUUAUGCAGCAACGUUGACAAAGUAAUUAUUUGCAGGAACCAGCCAGGUUUGGUCUGAAGACAUCUUCUGGAAAGUCACCACGGUUGCCUGUAAUACUUGGGUUUAAAAAAAAAAAAAAAAAGUACUGGCCAUCACAUAGUCUUGGCUUAUGGACUGCAUUUAACGUGCACUGGGUAUCAGGUCCUGGGUCAGAUAUUUCCACUACUUGGGUACCAGGUGGAUGGGCGUUUGUUUAAUUGAACUAUGUAUGAGUUGAUAUGAUGGGUGGUACAUCUUAAAGAUAAUCGCAGGGAAGAUUUUACUAGAAAAGCAUCAUUCAUCAUUGUUUAUUUCCUGAAUCUGUUGAUUGAUUAUUGGUGUAUAAAAUGUCUGAAAAUAGCUUAAAAAAAAAAUGCCUGACUUAAGAAUCCAGAACCAAAGAUGACUUAUUUCAAAUGCUUGUUGUGUGAUUCAAAACCCAAAGAUAUUAAGUUUACUAUCCUAUAAGAGAAAUAAAUGCAAAUAAUUCUCAUAUUUCAGAAGCUAGAAGCAGUAAAAAGGAUGCAAUUAUGUUGCAGGUAGAUUUUCGGUCUAUUCCUCCACUAAUGCUUUCAGCUAUACACACCUGCAGUUCUAAAUAACAUCUUGUGAAAGUCAUAGGAUGAUCACUUGAAAGUUGAGAGGAUUUAAACUCAAAUAAAAAGUAACCAAUUUAGCUGUUCAACAUAUCGUCGUGAUAGUACUCCCAUCCAUCUGAUACUCUUAGUAAGCUGAACCCCCCACCCCCCUCCCCCCCACUGAAAAGCUUUUAAACCACUUAUUGUUAUUGUUUUAUCAUCCUUGAGCAUUUACUUGUCACUAAUUGAAUGUUAAAUGAGUGUGUGAUUGAAACAAACGCACUCGCACUUAAACUUGCUUUUCAGUCUUUCUUAAUUGACACCAUAAUUGAUAAAAAAAAAAUGCACCAAAGGUCACCAUUUCAUCAGAUAAAUUUUUUUUUUAUGGAAACAUUCACUGUUACUGUUAUAGAGGUCUUAAUGUUUAUAAAGUUUAUGAACCCAAUUGUUUACUCCAACUACUGUGUUUUUGCAACAUUGCUGGUAUCGCAAAAUCUGUACAAUCAGUUCUGGGGUUAGUGAGACUGGACUGUAUUGAUAAAUGUAGGUCCUGUUCUAACCCCAAACCUCUGUCCUGCUGAAGUGCCCUUGAGCCACUGCAACCCUCUCCUUGUAGAGGAAAAUCAGAGCAAGUGAAAGAUAGAUAUUGAUAAAUAUGAGUUAUUAUAUAUAAUAUAAGGUAAAAUUAGGGCAUUAUGUUCCCCAGAUUUCACUAAAAAACGUAUUUAAAUGCAUAAACGUGAUGCAUCCCUCCAAUGGAGGUUUAAGGUCCUGUGACCCCAAACGAUUUCUGUCUGUACUUAAAUAUUAAUGUUUUGAGUUCAAUGUACGUUUUGGUCAGGCUUCCUGAAGCUUUUGUUUUUCUAGAGGCAUUUAGCAAGGUAGAACUUGAAAACAUUUUCAACCUUGUGUCUCUGAUGUGUGUUUUAUGAGUUAUUUGUCCUAUCAUUUCGUUUACUGGUCAUCCGUUCCGUUUUAAUGUCAUCUGUCAUCGGUCCAUCGGUGGAUUACAUGGACCAUAAUAAAUCAUCAACUACCCAAUGAAGAGAUCUGACUCCCCAAACAGUUUAAAUUAAAUUUAGUGGACACAGUUUUUUCAGCUGUCAGUUACUUGACAUAAUGUAUCUGAAAGUUCUACAUACAGUAAGUUGAUAAAAAAAAGUGCCUGUCAUGUUUUUGUAUAGAAUACAAUAAUGUGCUCAGCAAUGUGAUUCAAAAUGAGACAAACGUCUCUAAUUCUAUAGGUUUCCUCUUUUGUUUGCUUGUCAUGUCCCAUUGCAAUAAAAACUACUUUUUUUGUAA